UGAGGAAGUGUUUAGGAAUGAGCGGAGUAUUGGGUUGGACCAACUCAAAUCAAAUAGUCAACACCUGCUAGUCAAACUUUGGUCAAAAUAUCUUCACUGUUCAGACGGAUAUUCGCCGGAGAAAAUGUCAACGCCGGUGAGUGAGGUUCCGAAGGUCAAGCUAGGUUCACUAGGUCUAGAAGUUUCUAGAAUCGGGCUGGGCUGUAGGGGCAUGUCUACCAAUCACGGCCCGCCCAAGGCCGAGCCCGAAAUGAUCAACCUCAUCAAACACGCCAUUGAUAAAGGCGUCACCUUCCUUGACACCUCCGAUCAAUAUGGACCCCAUACUAAUGAACUUCUCAUUGGCAAGGCCAUCAAAGGAAUGAGAGAAAAAGUACAAAUAGCUUCCAAGUUUGGCAUAAGUUUCAAAAAUGGGAAAAUGGACAUUCGUGGUGAACCAGAGUAUGUAAGAGCUUGUUGUGAAUCUAGCUUGAAGCGACUGGACAUUGACUGCAUCGAUCUUUAUUAUGUUCAUCGAAUUGAUACCCGAGUGCCUAUUGAAAUCACGAUAGGAGAACUGAAGAAAUUGGUUGAAGAGGGUAAAAUCAAAUAUAUAGGUUUAUCUGAGGCUUGUGCAGCAACAAUCAGAAGGGCACACACAGUGCAUCCAAUAACAGCUGUUCAGAUGGAAUGGUCUUUGUGGACACGAGAUCUGGAGGAAGAAAUAGUUCCUACUUGCAGAGAAUUAGGAAUUGGGAUUGUCCCAUAUAGUCCUCUUGGACGAGGAUUCUUCUCAGCAGGUCCAGAGUUGAUAGAGAGCUUGGCCGAGGGAGACUUCCGCAAGAAUAUACCAAGGUUCAAGCCUGAAAAUUUUGAGCACAACAAACAAAUAUUCGAGCAGUUCAAGGAAGUAGCAUCAAUAAAAGGAUGCACAACAUCACAACUUGCAUUGGCUUGGAUUCUUCACAAUGGAGUUGACAUUUGUCCCAUACCAGGUACCACCAAGAUUGAGAACCUUAACGAAAAUAUUGAAGCCUUAUCUGUAAAACUCACAGCAGGUGAGAUGUUGAAGUUGGAGUCCUGUGCUGCCGAAGAUAUCGUCAAAGGUGAUAGGCAUGCAUUCAUGUGGGCGACUUGGAUAAAUUCGGAGACUCCACUAUUGUCUUCCUGGAAAUAUGAACGAGGGAUGCCAUCUUGUCUUGCUUUGGAAGAAGCCAUGUUAAAACCCAAGUCUAAUUCAAAGUAAAGUUUUCACCGGCCACCGGGGUCAAUGGUAGUUCAACUAUUCUUUCUAGCCGGAGAAAUAACGCACUAGAAUUUCCAAAUCUACAAUGUUCUGGACAAAUGUAUACACAGUGUGCACAAUGUAUUUUGUUAGACUAUCAUUAGUCUACCUACAAGUAUAUACUUGUGAAUCCAUUGGAAUGGAGGCUUGUUUCUCCUUUUGCUUUUUUUUUUCCCCCUUUUUCCCAUGGUACUCAAACUCUAUUCAUGGAGAGCUUUUUUGGUUGCGAGGCCAGACAAGAAACUCAAUUUUGUACUGUUUUGCGUAGUUAAACUUAUCGACUGACGGAUUUCUGGAA